AUGAAAGGCAUACAGAUUGCGGAAUACGUCAAGUCUCCGACGGAGCUCAGGGUGUCCCAGCUGCCGGACCCGGUGCCCAAAGACGACGAAUACGUGAUCGAGGUUCGCGCCGCGGCGACCAACUUCUUCGAUGUCCUCCAGAUUGCCGGCAAGUACCAGAGCCAGCCACCUUUCCCGUGGAUCGCUGGCGCCGAGUUCGCCGGCCUGGUCGUCUCCACGCCACGGCGCUCCGGCAAGGCCAAGUACCGCGUUGGAGAUCGGGUUUUUGGCGCGUCGCAGGGAGCCUAUGCCACGAGGUGCGUCGCCAAGGAGGCGUCGAUGCUGCCGGUGCCCGAGGGCUGGUCGUUCGCCGAGGCCGCCGGCCUGUUCAUCACGGCGCCCACCAGCUACGGCGCCCUGGUCGUCCGGGCACGCGUGAGGCAGGGCGACCAUGUGCUGGCGUUUGGCGCCAGAGUCAUUGCCACGGCUUCCACCCCCCGGAAACUGCAGGUUGCAAAGUCCUUUGGUGCAGACCACGUCCUCGACUACAAGGACCCCGAGUGGCCGGCCGAGGUCAAGAAGCUGACGCCCCGGGGGCGCGGCGUGGACAUCGUCUUCGACCCGGUCGGCCUGGUGGACAAAUCCACCAAGUGCACCGCGUGGAACGGCCGGAUCCUGAUUGUUGGUUUCGCCGGCGGCGCCAUCGAAAAGGUUGCCAUGAACAAGGUCCUCCUCAAGAACAUCUCCCUCGUGGGCAUCCACUGGGGCGCGUACAGCAUCAACGAGAGGGAAACCAUCCCCGUCGUGUGGCAGGGCAUCACGAGGCUGGUCGAGGAGCGCAAGCUGCGGGGGACCGAAUAUACGGAUGACGAGUUUGUCGGCUUGGAGAGGGUCAAGGACGCCCUGGUCGCCUUGUCGCGCCGCGGCACUUGGGGGAAGGUUGUUGUCAAGAUACCACCGGAAGGGAGUGGCCGGUUGUAG